AAUGACCGAUAAUCCUAAUAUUAGGGAACACAAAUUUUCGUCAAAGUGUGGAGAAGAACUAAUACAUUUCUACGUUGCAGUUUUUUCAGGAAGUACCUAUAUUUGGGUAGGUAGAGACUGCAGACUGUCGGCUUUGUCCUUAGGCUUACCAAUAACUGGCGAGUCUAAAUCAACUCAAAUCUUUGGCGAAUCUUUCGAAGGUUCUGUUCAAUAUAUGACAGAGAGAUUAAGCAAAAAACUGAACAGGCAAGUUUUAAUGAGUUACACAUUAUCUCAGGAACAGGCUUUUGGAGUAGAAAAAAUUUUAGCGGAAAAAAUUCAAAAUGAACUGGAACUUUUUACAUAA